UUGUGGUAACACUUCCGGUUUUCGUUUAAACAUGUCCCCAUCCGCUUCUCCUCGUAGCUUAGGUUGGUUAUGAAAAAGCGUUGAGACUCUGCGCGUUAGCAAAACUUGUUUUUUACAUCACAACAGAAGGAGAAUUACCUUGAUGGAGUGAUCUGUUAAAACAAAGCCUGAGUCAGUGUCGUGUAUACAAGCAGGAUGUCUUACCCUUCACCCCAUGAUCGCAGCCGUAAAGACGACGAGGAUGACCCCGUUGAGCAGAUGAUAUCCCGCACUGGCUGCACUGAGCUGCAUUAUGCUGUGCAGGAGUGCAUGGCUGAACAUCAGGACUGGAGAGCCUGCCAGAAGCAGGUUCACAAUUUCAAAGACUGCAUGACAAAUUUCCAAAAUGCUCAGAAAGAACUGCGGAAAGCCCAACAGCAGACAUCUAAUAAGUCUGUGACCAGUUGAACUCACAAAUCCAUGUGACUUUGGGAUGAGUUCAAGACCUGUUUGUCAUUUUGUUAAAACCAAAGACUGUAACUAACAUCAUGGAUACCUAUAAAAAUAAAUUGUGAACAAUAACAUGACUUUAACUUUUAAAUAUUUGUCAUUGAUUCUUGCCAGUAAAUGAGUUGUCAGCCAACAAAAACUGAUGUUUUCUUAAAAUAAGACACUUAGCAUGACAGUUUAUUUUAUUCUCUGUGCAACUGAUAAAUAAUAAUAAUAAAAAAAUAUGUAAUUGUUUUAUACUGCUCACAAAAAUUAAAGGAACACUUUGGAAACACUUCAGAUAUCAAUAAAAUCAUGCUGGAUAUCCAUACUGA